AUGGAGUCACCCGCAUCUGCUGCUUUCGCAAAGCUGGUCCCGGUCAACGCUGCUGCAAAGCUAACGUUUCAUGCCAUGUAUGAGUCUUCCUUGGAUGAAAAUGUUCCUCAGCCAGAGAUACCAGGCCUUUAUAUACAACCUCAACAGCAAUAUGACAAGGGUGUGCUCCUGAGGCGGCUGCAAGAGAAGAAAGGCCUUACAGAUUCCGAUAGUGAGAGUCUAACGGACCCAGACACGGAUACCGAAAAUACAACUAUAGGAAUGAGAGGCCGAAAAAAUAUUCGCAUUGAUUUUCUAAUUCCCGAAAUCCCAGCUUCUUCUGGCGUUCGGAGAUAUCAAGUACGAUUCAACUUGCACCAGAGAACCGGCUACCUUUUUAUCUCAAAAACUUCUAGCGCCCUUUCGGCUGAGGUGACUGUUAAUGGAAAAGCCGUGCGUAGCGGCGAGCAGUCUUCUCUCAACCAAACCUCUAUGAAUAUCCGUAUUAACCGACUGGAGUUUGAAUUCCAGUACACCGAUAUAGCAUAUACGGGCAAGUACUACGGAGACCGGAAAGGGACCUUUCGUUGCUUCGGUGAAUGGACGAUUUCAAAUUUCCUUGGAAAAGGGGCAUAUGGAAGAGUCUCGUCUGCAACAAACAGUAAAGGCGAAGUGGUUGCGAUUAAGGUUGUAGAGCGUGAUGAAAGAAAAGCCGAGCAAAUUGACCAUGAGAUAAGGGUUCUCAAAAGUCUUCAGGAAUUAUCUGAAAUAAAUGAGGGCGAUAAGAAUCGAAUAGUGCGGCUAAAAGAUACAGUAUAUUCGAGUGGGAAUGCGUCCUCUCGCCCUACCACCGUUGAAGAGGUCGCUCUUAUCCUUGAGCCCACCGUUUCUGCGACCUUAUCUGACCUAAUUAACCCUAUUUCUGGGAAAAGGCAAGUGGUUAUGUGUUUCCUAUACGGAACUUUUUCAUCAAAUAAACAUAGUGACCCCUGCAUUCUGUUGAAUUUCGAUUGGCCAUGUAUUGCAAACCUGUUCUAUGACGCUUUGAUAGGCUUAAACUUCCUGCAUUCGAACAAUUGGGUCCAUGGAGACAUCAAACCUGGCAAUAUCCGUAUUCUGGAUGGCAACACUCCUCGUGUAGUUCUCCUUGAUUUUGGGGGCGCUGUUCAUUUGACACCAGAGAGACAGCUACCUGCGACACCGGGGCGGGGCGGAACGGUAAACUACCUUGCCCCUGAACGCGAGCUCCAGAAUCAUGAUCAUUCAAUUGACGUAUGGUCAAUGGGCAUUAUCGGGUUUGAACUUCUCUAUGGCUAUCGCCCAUGGAAAAUAGCUGUUAAUCCAUGGCGGCCUACCUUCCACGAUGGUUACCGCCAAUCUGUGGAGCAGAUGGAAAAACACAAUAAUACGGAGUUCAAUGAACUUUUGUUGGAAAUGCUGCGGCAUCCCUGGGCAGAUAGAAAUAAUGGGAGGCGUAUCACGACUCGAGAUGCACUUAAACACGCUUGCUGGCAGGGCCGGGAGGAAGAUGAGCCACUAGUGAAGAAGAAGAGGUUAUAG